GAAACGUCAUAAUUUAAUGGCGGGAUUGGGAGAAAACGUCAUUGUGACAGAAUGGCAGUAAAUCUGGAAAGUCAGUUACAAUUUCUGUUAAGUACUUGUCUCUGUAUUUAUUUUAUAAAAAUGGAACAUCGUGUAUUUGGUAAAUCGUAAAAACGGAGUACAGAGAAUGUGUCGUGAACAGUUUCUUUCAGUGCUGAUAGAAGAAAGUAAAUCUUAUUAAAAAAAAGUGCAUUAUAAAAUUUCGGUUUGCCGUUAACGUUGAACGGUUGCGAAAACUGUACGUGUCGUGUUUGCAAAUGCAUCGUUAGUUUUAUAGGGUUCUUGACCGUAAUACGGUACGAAUGUAAUGGAGGAUUAUAAAUUUCUCUUUAAAGUUGUGCUCGUAGGAAAUGCGGGUGUCGGCAAAACUUGUCUUGUGCGAAGAUUUACACAGCUUCAAAUCUGGGAUACUGCUGGCCAAGAAAGGUUUCGUUCAAUAACUCAAAGCUACUAUAGGUCAGCUCAUGCUUUGAUUUUAGUUUAUGAUAUUUCUUGUCAACCUACAUUUGACUGUUUACCAGAUUGGUUAAGAGAAAUUGAAGAAUAUGCAAGUAAUAAAGUUCUUAGGAUAUUAGUAGGUAAUAAAAUUGAUCGAGAAGAUAGAGAAAUACCAACACAUGUAGGAGAAGACUUUGCACAAAGACAUGGAAUGUACUUUUUAGAAACUUCUGCUAAAGAAGCAGAAAAUGUAGAACGAUUAUUUAUGGAAAUAGCAGCUGAACUCAUGGAGGUAAUAAAAUAGUAUAAUCCUUUUUCAAAUAAUAUAUAUUUUAAGAUUUAUCUAUAAUUAAAUUAAUAUAUUAUUAUAGCAAGCACGUAGUAAGGAAUUACCUAGAUAUGAAACAAAUACAACCUCAAUAAAUGGAAAAACAACAUCAAUUGGUGAUACAAGUAAUUGUGGUUGCAGCCGACUUUCUUAAGUAGUUUUUAUAUCUAUUAUUAAGUCAUCCAAAAAAUGCAUAAUUUCAGUUACUAAAUAUGUAUGUAGAACACUAUCAUACAGUUUUUAUAGAAUAUGAGGAUUAAAUGCAAUAUUAGUCGAUUUACAACAAAAAAGAUUUUAAUACUAGAAUAUCUUUGAUAUUAUAUGUUAGCAUCUAGUGUUAUAUCAUGCAGAUUAUAUAAUAAUUUUGUUGCAAACAUUUAAUAUUUAAAAUUGAACUUUAACUAUGUUGAUAAAUAUUUGUUCCCAAAUUUGUUUUCAUAGAUAUUGAUUAAAGUCUGUAAUAUAUAAUUUUAUAAUUUUAUGAUUGUAUUAUUUCAAUAACAUUAAAAAAGUCAGGCACCUAUUUUUUGACAUUUAAUUGUGUCCAUAAAUGAAACUUUACUAUAUGUUUUAUAAUAUUUUUAUUAUGUCAGAAAGUACAAAUAAGUAUUUCCUAUUUGGUGACUGAAUAUGAAGUCAUUAUGAAUAUAAGAUUUUUACAAAAGUUGUAAGCCUAAUAUCGUCCAGAAUUUUUCCAAAUCUGCAGUAUACACAUACAUGUUUAUUAUACUGCUUUAAGAGUCAAGUGAAAUUUGAUAAUAAAGUUCUAAAUAUUUACAAUUUAUUAUAAAUAUUGAAAAUUAUAAAUAAUUUUUUACUUGACCAUUGCUUAUUAUGAUAGGUGCAUAAGAUUUUUAGAUUAACUUAACAACAUUCACAGCCAAAGUUUUGUUGUAUCUUUUAAGAUUUGUAAUACUUAGAUGGCGGGUAAUUAAUACUUGUUCCAUCUAUGUAUAGUUAUCAGCGUUAUAUUUUAUAAAUUUUUAGUAAUAUUUAUGUUUAUAGGUAAGAUUUUUGUUGUUAUCUCAUCUUAUUACAUCAACGACACAAUUCUUUUAGCACGUCACUCUAGUCUUUAUAUCUUUUUAUAUUUUAAAUACAAAAGUUAAUUAUAAAUUAUACUCUCAUGUUUUUUAUAAUUAUAUUAUUAUAUAAUGGAUUACCUCCAUUUUUUACAAACUUUUAUUAGAAAAGUCAGCUAUAUCAUGUUUAUUUUCACACAAUUUAAAAUUGAAAAUUUGUAAAAUAGAAUCAUGUAUGUGGAUAUUUUUACAAGUAUAUUUGAAAUUGUUUAUUUGUAUUGAUAUCUAUAUUGUACCUCAAAUAGUUUAAUAAUUAUAAUGUAUAGAGGAAUAAUAAAAUAUUUCACGUAAUGUUUUGUUAAUAAAAAAGUUAUAUUACAUUUAAUUUAUUUCAAAUAUAUGAUGACAUUGUAUAUUGUAUUACAUAAAAAUUGUGAUUUUUAUAUAAUUAUACUGUUUUAGCUGUAAUGUAAUAGUAAACAUAAAGCUUUAAAUUACCAUUUAAUUACAACCAUUGUAUAAUAACAUUUAUUAAUAAUAUAAAUUUUAAAUAACAUACAAGAUGCACAAAAACUUUUAAUAAAAAUUAAUUUAAGGGAUAA